AUGUGCAUUACAGGUCUUAAGGAAGAUGGAACAAAUAUCAUUGCUAAUUCUCUCCAUCCAGGAGCCACACUUUCCACUGAUAUUUACACUCACAAUUCCAUUUUAGCAGCUGCACUGAAAAUUCUACGGUCAUCUGGAAUUGAAAAUAUACUGAAAUUGUUGGCGAAAAAUGUGCAGCAAGGAGCAUCAACAACAUGUUAUGUAGCAUUGCACCCACAAGUGAAUGGAAUCAGUGGCAAAUAUUUUGUAGAUAAUAAUAUUGCAGAACCAUCCUCUCAUGGAAAGGACAUGGACUUGGCUAAAAAAUUGUGGGAUUUCAGCAUAAAUUUGACAAAAUAA